AUUUCCCAGAAAUCAGUUAAGUUUCUUUUUCCUUUGAAUUUUGUUUUUACCCCGCAAUAAACCACUCCCAGAAAACACCUUUAUAAGCUUCAACUCAACCCGCCCAGCAUCAGUCGGACUUUCAUAGAUCACCAUUUGCAUCACAAUGCAUUUUGUCGUACUUUUCGUUGGAUGUGCGCUGUUUUCCACAGCCUUCACACUCACCUGUUACGAGUGCGUAUCCGGGGCAACGGGAUCAUGCGUGGAUACCCAGAAGACAUGUCCCAGUUCCACUCAAUGUGCAGCAAUGAGGGUCACAUCUUACGCCGGAGGGUCAAAAGUCGUAAAUAUGACCGUGAAGAGCUGUGCUGCACCUGCUGAGUGCCUGACAGGGUCACUUAACUUCAGAAUCGAAAAGACAUUGAUAAAUAGCAAGUGCUGCACCACAGACCUCUGCAACUCUCAGACUGUCCCAGAAUCCAGCAGUGAUACCCCAAAUGGGAAACAGUGCUACACAUGCAACGGCCAGGAUUGCCUCAACACUCUAAACUGCCUGGGGGACGAGAAUAGCUGUAUCUCCACUACAGGUAAUGUUUCACAUGUUUGGUUCUCUAUUAUUCCCAAAGAUUUCAAAUUCCACUCAUGA